AUGCAAAAGUAUAUAAUUAUUAAGUUGGAGGCAAAUACCAGAGAGCUGGAGGCACAAAUGAGAUUAUUGAAUCAUGAAAAAGCAACGAAAAAUCAUGAAUUUAAGAAAAACUUGCAGUGUCAAGGAGAACUGUGUGACUACAACUGCGUACUAUGUUGCCUUGUUUCCAUAUGUGAGAAAAAAUGGAAGUUUUAUCCUUGUGGCAGACAUUUAGAGAAAAUUAUUGUCAGUUAUUACGCCCAAUUGCAAAGCCCAAUAAUUGAUCACAAGAACCCUCUUCCUUUGCGCUGUGAUGCAUUUAUGGAUAUUUUGAAAAAAUCUGAAAUAGUUUGGUCAGAGCAUGUUGCGUUUGAUUUCCGAGUUGAUAGAAGUCAGUGGUUGCAGGUAAGAAUAAAGGCGUGGAACCACAUUUCAUCAGUCGACAGAUCUGUUCUCAUUCUUGGAAAGAUUUAUUCAUAUGAAAACGAGACAGUUCGAGGUGAUGGUCAUUGCGUUACUUGCAACACUGACACAGCAAAAAAAGGAAUCAUUUAUGAUUCACAAAGUGAAUUUGUGGGUGUAACGAAUGUGGAGGAGUUUGUUAAAUACGUGUCUAAAGACAUGGGAAAUUCUUGGGUGAAAGCAAGCCUCACAAUGGACGAAAAUUCAUGUUCGAAUACUCCACUACCACCGGCCAUGGAGGAAAGUAAAGGCACAUUGUCUAACUGCAAACAUUGUAAUUACUUACUAUCAAUCUUGAAAAAAAGAGACAAUGAAAUUACUUCGCUAAGUACUACCUUGAAAGAGUACAAGUCCACAUUGAAGGAAAGAGACGAUGAGAUUACAUUGGUAAAGAAAUCAUUAGUACAACAUGUAUCAAUCUUGAAUCAAAAAGACAAGGAGAUUGCAUCUCUGAACGCAUCAUUAAAACAAACUGUUUCUAUCUUGAGUCAACGAGAAGAUGAAAUUGCAAGGCUAAAUGCAUCAUUAGAACAAAAAGUAUCAAUGUUGAGUCAACGAGAAGAUGAGAUUGCAAGGCUAAAUGCAUCAUUAGAACAAAAAGUAUCAAUGUUGAGUCAACGAGAAGAUGAGAUUGCAAGGCUAAAUGCAUCUUUAGAACAAAAAGUAUCAUUGUUGAGUCAAAAGAAAAAUCAGAUUGCAUUGGCUUUAAAGGAACGUGAAAAUUUGAAAAAUGCGGGAAGGCUUUGUGAAAACGAUUGCGUUCUUUGUUGUUUCGUUGAUAUUUGCAAGACGUACAUAAGUGACUUGCCUUCCUUUUGUGGUCGUUCUUUGGAAAAGCAAAUCACAGCCCACGCUGUUGGCAAAAAAUUACUCGAUAAAAAUGAUUUGAACUGCCUUCAACUCAUGAAUAUCUUAGAAAAGACUAAACUUGUUUAUUUUCUAAAAUGGUUUAAAUACCCUAUUGAUCCAUUGUUGCGUGAAGGAAAGAUUAAAGAAGCUUGGUUAGCGAUGAUGAAUCUAUCCUCCGAGACACCUGCCUUAAUGAUUGGCCGACUCAUGUUUAAUGGUUCAGGUCAUUGCGAAUGGUUCUGCAGAGACAAAAAUACCAUAUUUGAUUCGCAGUCAGGCGUUUCAACAAAAGCCAAUUUUGAGAGCUUCUACAUUCGUGUACAACAUGACAAAGGAAUCGCAUUCUUUGGCUUCAACAUUUCCAGAGUACAAGAGUUUAUCAAUGAAAACAGAAACCAUCUGAAACGUGACUCUUUUCACGACCUAAAUUAUCAACGAGUGGAUUAUGGAUCAGGUGUCUUUAGGGAAACAGUGCUUUACUUACGUUUGUGACUAGGUCUGUCUGUGUCAAGAAUUGAAGAAAGAAAAGUAGCUACAGUCAUGGCAGUGAGGCAGAAGAAUCGGCUGUAAAAAGACAGUUGUGCAUUGUUUUUCAAGUUUUAUCAAUUUGUGGGCUUUUAAGGCCUUCAUCAUUACUUUUUGGAACGAAACAGCUUAUAGCUAUUUCAGUAAAUUUUCCAUAAAAAAAUAUAAUAUUAAUAUUAAUGAAAGUAAUCCUAAAUGUUUUGGUAAACCAAUAUUUAGAUCAUACAAUAGUUUUAAAAUGUUAGAUCAAUUCUACAUCUAUAGUAUUUUUAAGUAUUUUAGAUAAUAAAUAGUUAUAGAUAAUCAUAAUGAUUGUUAUUCAUGAUUGUUAUUGCUGUAAACUACACUAUAUUUUAGCUUUAUAGCCAUUCAGUGUAAGUAAUGAAACAUUACUAAUACCAAUUACCAUUAAAAAUUCAAAAGUCA